AUGUGCCUUUGGCUCUGGUUACUUUACUUCCUGCCAGUGUCUGGGACCCUGAAGGUCCUCCCAGAACUAAAGCUGGAUGUAGAGUGGGGUGGAUCCAUUACCAUCAUGUGCCCACUCCCUCAAACACAUGUGAGGAUGUAUCUGUGCCGGCAGAUGACUGACCCUAGAAUAUGUGCCACUGUGGUAUCCAGCAGCUUUGUCAAGAAAGAGUAUGAAAGACGUGUCACCCUAACGCCAUGCUUGGAUAAGAAGCUCUUCCUAGUGGAGAUGACACAUCUGACUGAAAGUGACAAUGGAGUCUAUGCCUGUGGUGUGGGUCUAUACACGGACCGGGGCAAGACCCAGAAAAUCACCCUGAAUGUCCACACUGAGUAUGAGCCAUUCUGGGAAGACGAACCAACUCCUGAGCCUCCACCAUGGUUUCACAGGUUUCUGCGGGAGCAGAUUCCCAGCUGGCUCCAUGAGGUUGAACAUGCCAGUUCUUCUGAAUUCAUAUUCGAAGUUAACACACCAGCCCCAAAGACUGAGGCCUCUCCAGCUCACCAGCCCUCCAGCACCAAUCCAGUCACCCACCAUCCCAGAGUUUCCAGAACAUCUUCCGUGACAGCUACCAAGUCCCCAGCCCUCCUGCCAGCUACCACACCCUCAAAGACCUCAGCUCAGCAAGCACUCGGGUCCCUAGGGGCCAGCUACAGCCACCACACCAGACUUCACCGGCAAAGAACACUCCACCACAGCCCACAGCAUGGGAGAGAAGACCGGGGGCUUCACAUCCCCAUCCUGGAAUUUCACAUCCUGAUUCCGACCUUCCUGGCCUUUCUUUUGCUGGUUCUGUUGGGGCUGAUGGUAAAAAGAGCCAUUCAAAGGAGGAAAGCCUUCUCCAGGCGCAUGGGCCGGGUGGCGAUGAGGAUUCGAGGCCAGAGGGCGUCCCGCCCGUUUCCGGCACAGCGCCGGGGUGCCCCGCAGAGGCCACGCUCGCAGAACAACGUCUACAGCGCCUGCCCGCGGCGUGCACCGAUCCCCGACCGAGUGGGCCCAGCAGAGGCUCCACUCCUCAGUGCCCCAGGCUCAGCAUCUCCCGCCCCGCAGCAGGUACUUGAGGCCCCCUGGCCUCACACCCCACCUCUGAAGACAAGCUGUGAUUACGUGACCUUGUGCCACCAGCCUGCUGUCAACAUGGGAGACACUGAUUCAGAUGAUUACAUCAAUAUUCCUGGCCCACAUCAUCUCCCCAGCUGUCUCCCAGGACCCAGAUCUUCGUGCCAAUGAGUCCUGCCUGUCGGCUGAUUUCCAGCACCUCUUCCAUUUGUUAUAGGAUCCCUGUCACCUCCCAUGUCCCCUACCCCAACUUGAGUCUCACCUGACUGUCUGAAUGCCUUGAGAAUGGUCCUGUUACAAGCUAAUUUUUCACCCCCCACUGAAGCCCCCUGCAUUCAUCAGGAGAGCUCUGGACAUGCAGAGCAUUCAUUAGUCAUGAUGGCACCUGUCCUUUCUGUGCCAUCCAACAGCUAUGGGACCUACAAGGUGUUUCAUCACUAUCUUUGGUCACAUGAUCUUCGCUGCCCUACCCCUAGCUCAUGUGGCGUCAGGCUGGAACAUAAGCCUGGCUGACAUCUCCAGGCCCAGAUCCAAAGUGCAUAAUGAGCUACUUUUCUUGAGUCCCAUGGCAAGGGCAACUUAUU